AUGCUUGAUCAGUUAAAGAACGCAGAGAAGCUUAAGCUUGGGAGAAACUUUAUUCAGCAUUCACACCCUGAUUUCUUCUACAACACUUCUUCUUUCAAGCAACUCAACAUUACGUUAAGCUGUUAUAACCAUACGAUUGUUCCUUUCGAGUGCACGGUGUCUUGGACAUCAUUGCAGAAGUUAUCCUUGAGAAAUUGUAGUCUCUCUGAUGAAUCUAUGGCCAAGAUUCUAUCCGGUUGUCCUGUUCUCGGAUACUUAAAAUUGUAUCACUGCGGUGAACUAAAUGUUCUUGAUCUCAGCCAAUCUCCACGUCUGAAAACAUUGGAAGUAAUACGUAACAUGAGGGUUCGGGGGCCAAGACAGAUUGUGGCACCAGACAUCCAUUUUCUCAGAUUGUAUGACCCUCAGUUAUCAUGUUCUUUGGUUGAUGUCUCUUCUUUAACCGAAGCUAGGCUGGAAAUUUCCUGCCUCUCAUUGAACUCUGACUUCAACGCUAAUUUUCUCCAAGUCGUGGUGUUAAAGAUGCUAGAUCAGUUAAAGAACGCAGAGAAGCUUAAGCUUGGGAGAAACUUUAUUCAGAUCUUAUCUCUUGCUGAGAUUGGUGGUGUUCCUUUCCCGAUUCUCAAGGUCAAAGCAAUGGCUCUUGAUACAAAGAUCUGUCAGUAUGUUAUUCCUGGCAUAGAAAGACUAUUACAAAACUCACCUGAUUUAGAGACGCUAACAGUAGGUGGAAGGGUUCGCUUCCGCAUGCCGGUGGAGUUUCUUGACAAAUACUUUAAAUCAAAAGAUGGAGAGCACUGUGUGGAUGAUAAAUUAGAGCAUGUGGCUUCAGUAGUGGAACUCAUGCUUAAAAACUGUACAGAGAAAUUAGACAGGAUGGUUGUACUGUUGGAUGAACGUUACCUUACUUUUAAAAUUGAAGACCUGAUUGCAACAUUUUCUCACAACAACAAUGUGCUGAUCUCUUCCACCAACAAUCCAAGACGAAGAAAUCAGUGGAUUGAAAAUAUUGAGAGCUUGGCUAUAUCCUCUUCUCACAAGUUAUACCAUCCAGCAAUUCAUAAGGUUUUUCCUCUCCACACAUGGGAUGACGACAGUAGGAGCCUUUUUUGUUCGACGGGAUUGACGGUGGCUUGGGUUUUCUUUUGUACUUUCUUGCCGGAGACGCAAGGGAGGAACCUGGAGGAUAUGGAUGAGCUUUUUAGUGGUUUCAGGUGGAGAGACUCUAAGAGUAAGCCUAAGUACAACAAGAGUUCGAGUUCGACCCCUGAGGUUGAGUUUAGACCGAACAAACAAUGA